UUAGUACUGCACUUAAUAUACAAUCCCCUAAAACAUACUAAGCCUCUCAUGUUUUGCCGGAGAUAUUGAUAUCGAUUGGUUUGCUUUUGAAAACUACUGUAUAUAUUGUGUAUGACAUCUACUUUACUGGUUAUACAGUAUAUCAUAUAUUAUAUACAUUUAUAGUCCGGUUAUUGAAUUUGUUUUUAUUGAUAUCCAAAUCGGAUCGGAUAACUGAUUGGCUGAUUGGUAAUGAUGAUGAAUGUGGGAACACCUACGGAGGGCCAACAAACAGGGUCGACCUGGUGGGUGGAGUCGUGGUCCAGUCAAAUAGCCACAGCUCUGGCAUUGGUAUUGGUAUUAUGCGGUCUAUUGACUACCAUUAGUCCAUUGGCUGUUCACUGUAUUUUCCCGGGAAUCCUACAACUAGUGGCAGCGGUGGCCAUCCUCAGCAUCGAAGCGCCUUCUUUUGUCGCAUUCCUGUCCUUCGCUCGAGGCGUCGGUCGCUUUGUUGAAGGAAAGCCCUAUUGGUUUAAAGCAGGCAUUUAUGCAGCACUAACUUUAGUGCCAUUUAUUGUUGGCGUUUCAUUUGGCUGUUACGGACCAGCCUUUAUACUCGGAUUUUUGGCCUCAUUGGGCAUAACAGCUCUCUUCGGGGCUCUUGUGUUGGGCCGAAAGGCCAGUCGCGAUGAAAUGCGAUUCCAAGCGGGCGGAGUCCCCGCUGGUCAGCCCUACUCUCCGACAUCUCCUUAAUUUAUCCGAUGUGUGUGUCUUUGAAUGUCCAACUCUUUCUUCAUAUAUUAUUCCUCUAUUAUCUGUGAAUCUAAUGUUUUAAACGAAAGCCAUUGAAUCUCUUAAAUGAAAAUUUAAAAUUUACUGAAAGUCUAUACAAUAAUUUAAGACAAAUGUUUAGAUAUAUUGUUUAUCCAAUGUAUAAGAUAUUUAUUAAUGAGUACACGUAAUGAUGAUUGAAUUCAAUAUUGAUUAACACUGUAAUACCAGAAUC